AUGACUGAAGUUCAGACUACAUCGAUUGUUGUGGACGAUAAGGACUAUGACUCAGCAUGCCAAAAGUUGAAGGACGCUGGAUUCAGAGUAACAGUCCCUGAUCGCAGGCCUGCUCCUGAAAUUUUCGAUGCUCUUCCAGACCCCGAAGAGGCUCUGCGACUCGUUAACAAAGAAUACGAGCGCUUGGACCAAUCCACCGCAUUAUUUGAUUAUCCGGUCAACCAUGAGCUAGAUGGGGGUCUCAAAGUCAACUUACUGCCAAAUUCUUUUGCACAUCUCCCGAUACCUACUAUCAGUGCAGAGUCAGAACAAAAUUCAUCCAAACUGUCAGAAAAAUACGAUGUGUAUGACAAUGUCUUUCACCCACAUGAAUCAGCGCUAGUGGAAAGUUUUGUGAAAGGUGCUAUUGAUGACGAGAAUCAUGGGGGUCUAGACUGGGGUCAAUCACUGCCAACUUGGGUGGCGAUGAUGGCGGCAUAUCUGGAAGUUAAUAAUGAUAUUCUGGAUGACUGCUCAGAUCAACAAGCGGUUGAAUGGUUCAGUGUGAAAUAUGGGCGCAAACAUGAGGAGAAAUUUGGGCCCUGGGACAGACGAGUCUCAAAGCGACUGGGAUCUGGCAAAGAGAUGCCUGUUAAUAUGAGAGGCACCUCUUUGUCCAACUGA